AUGCUAUACGGGUGGAACGAUUGUAGCGAUGGCGAAAAAGGCGCAAUACUAGACGCCUUAAAGGAAAAGUCGACAGUGGUUGGGACCCAAAGCACCUGGACUAUCAACUGGAACGGCGCACUUGUGGUUCAAUUCUUUGGAAGUCCAACCGGUCUACUGUUCAAAGACUAUCGGCAAAAACUGCAGGAUAAUUUUCAUUAUGCGUACAAAUUCGGCAACGGGAACUGGUUCACAGGGUACAACACACAAGUGCUCUGUCACGACAAGUCACUUGAUGGAGAUCACAAAGACGAUUAUCAAAAGCCAGAUGGAUGGCCUGGGCAUAUCAUCGUGGUCUCUAAUUACGCCGAUGGACAUGAUGCCAUCAUGUUCUGCGACUCUUGGUUCAGGCUCCCUCCCCUGAAAGGGGCAAUGGAGAUAGGGAGGUCUAAGGGAAAUGACCGCGAUCGCCACAACUUGAAUUACUACGACAACCGAGCCAUUCACUGGAUUACGGUCCUGAUGAUGAAACAUGACGUUGGUGUUAAGACAUGGGUUUCCGAUGCCAGGACUGUCGAAAUCCUCGUUCUCGAGAGAGAUCUCGAUUACUUGCGCCCUCUGGAGAGUGCUGAUACAUAUGGCCGGUUCGCUAUAGCCAGCUACAUCCAGGAUGACUCCAAAUGGGGUUGGUAUCCUGCAAGGCCCUACGUUCCGACAGAUUUAGAAUAG